AUGGCUUUUCAUAAAUUUGUAGUUCCUGAUUACGUUGUUGGACAAUCUGAAGCUGAAGCUUCUAAAGAAGGGAGGACCUUAGCAGAUUUUUACUAUGGGUGUUUGGGAUAUUCCGUCUACAUGACUGAAAAAGACUCAUCUGCCAUUAAGCAACAUACAAAGACUCAGCUUCCCGUUUGUGUCGGCCUUGAGAUACUAGCAGAUAGAAGAGCAGCUUCUGGCAAUAAUUCAUCUGUUCCAGUUCCUGCCCGUGUUCAAAAUAGAAACGGUACACCGAAUCUGCUCUUAUUCACCAGUUUACGACAAUUCUUGGACAUUGAUGCAGUAGGAACAUUCAACAUGUGUCACGCAGCACUUAAGUAUCUUAAGAAAGAUGGGCCUGGGAGAGACUCAUCAACUCGUGGUGGUUCGAUUAUUAACAUAAGUGCUACUUUGCACUACACGGCUUCUUGGUACCAAAUUCAUGUUUCUGCUGCCAAGGUAAUUUCCUUUGUAUGGUUAGGAAACAGGGAAAAUGAUAUUAUCAUGAUGAUGUAG